AUGGAAAAGACUGACAGACUGCAUAUAAAUAUGAGCAUUACAUUUUCCGCUCGAACUCAGCCUCAUGGACCGACCACCCCUGUCGGAGGGCAGUUACGCGCCCACUCUUAUGUUCACUCAGUCUCAAUUGUGGCCGGUGUAUUUACUGCCUUGCUGGACAAUUUAUUUUCGCUCCACUACAAGGGUAAUGCCCCAACAACCACAGAUGCGGUGCUUGUGAAGUCGCGUCAGAAUAGUGCAUUCGCGACUAAGCAGACUGAACCGCUUACCUCCAGGGAGGAUGUGGAUCCCAGCAAAUUGUCGGAUCAAGGGGAAGAGACCCCCAAGUACCUCUACCAGUUAGUGGACCUGACAAAGCGCAUUGUGGCAGUACAUGAAAAUGUCAAAGUUUAUAGACAUCGUGAGCAGAAGUACGUAGUAAUUCAGGCAAGUAAACAGUGA